AUGACAUUUACCACAACACCUAGUCCAGAAUCUUAUAAUCAGGAAUACAUUGUUACCCUCUUUGUCAUGACAACAGAGAAGAUUUUUGCUGGUUGUCAAGUUGUCCUUGACCUCAGCACCAGCGUCGGUUUCAAGAAGAAACAGGAAGUCAGGAAAACGAUCACAAACAAUGGCGGCAUUAUCUCGUAUAUUGUCACAAAGAAGAGUACCCAUGUUGUGCUCAAUGAUCCAGAGAAAGCUGAUGUCAGCUACAAAUGUAAAAUGGCCGAGAAGUUCGGAAUCCCCGUGGUGUCCCUAGAUUUUAUUUUUGACUGUGUUGACCAGGGGAAGCACCUCAACACAGACGAUUAUCUUCUGGUGGGUAAAACGAAGGGACUAGAAUUCAGCAGAGGCAAAAUUAUGGGUGGAAAAUUCCGACCAAAAUCUGAGGGAAAGAAGAAGAAAAUGGCUUCUAGUUUUAAUCCAAAGUCGGUGAAGGUUUGGCAGGGAAAAGAUAAGAAUAUACCACAGUUUGAUGAUGAGAGUGAGGUGGCUAAAUAUGCAUUGUUGCAGAAGUAUGACAAGAAGACACAAUUAACACAGUUCUGUGUGUUAGAGAUUCUUGCAUCAAAAAGAGUUAUUGCCCUUGACAACAAAGAACAAUCCCCUGGGUUCUGUAUUUGCUCUCACCUGGGCAGUGUGCAGGAAGUACAGGACUUGUCUGAAGGUAGCACUAGAGAGUUCCGUUUUGUACAGACAUCAGAGGAAGCCCUGGGUAUGUUUAGCGCCCUCUAUAAACAGAUGACGGAGUCCCCAAAUGGCAUGACCGUCUGUCGGAAACCCCCAUGUCAACAUAUAGGAACAAAGAAGUUCCAAAAGAUGAUGGUGGAGUAUGGUAUGGAGGAUACAGAGUUAUCUACCCCUGUGAGGGAGCUGAUGCAUCACAUCUGGCAGGAAGCUGGGGGCGAGAUAGAGGAAAUCUUAAGUAGCCCACUACAGUCACUGAAACUGGACCAGGUGGAGAAGGCGAUGGCCAUUUUGUCAGAGAUGAAGGCACAUCAAUCACAUGAGAGUAAGCUACAGAGUCUGUUUACAGAAUUCUACUCCACCCUCCCACACAAUCCCCAGCACAAGACGAUGACCUUCACCAUGUCGUGGCUUGCCAGGAAACUGGACCUUUGUCAGAUUAUUAAGGAUGUGGUGUCAGCUAGUGAAGCAACAGACUGGUCUACGCGGGGGAACGCAGAGGCCCAGUACAAAGCCCUCCGAUGUCAGAUAUCACACGUCCCCGGGGGUCUCCCGACCUCAGUUAAAAAAGUCCUCAUUCUUAAGGAUGAAGAUAAGAUGAACGUAGAGAAUGUUUACUCCAUUAAUCGAGCUGGAGAAGGUGAAGUGUUCCGGUCAGACCUGGAUCAUAGAUUUCUCUUUCAUGCAUCCAACGUGGAGAAUUUUGUUGGAAUCCUUUCUAGGGGUCUCCUGAUGCCAAAGGUCGUUGUUUAUGACUACGGAGGAAAGAGAACUGACCCAGGAAUGCUGGGAAAUGGCAUUUAUUUUGCCAGUUCUGCAAGCACAAGCAUAAAAUACUCGAAGCCAAGUAAAACGAGGAACACACGAAUGAUGCUAGUUAAUCUGGUGGCGCUGGGGAAUACGAUGGACGUCUACACAUAUCAGAGGGACCUUACAGCUCCACCUAGUGGCUACGACAGUGUUCACGGAGUGGCGGCUAGUGAGGGUGUAGAAUCUGAUUUUAAGGAUGAUGAAUAUGUAGUGUACAAUACAAACCAGCAGAUGUUGAGUUAUUUAGUGGAGUUUACCGUGGGAGGGGAACUACCAGUGGAGCUGUCAAUGGAGGAGGAAUUAGAGGGAAAGACGCCUGACUCAGACAUUGAUGUUGACAUCAGGGAUGUACAGAAAGUGGCAGACCCUCUGACAAAGGUCAAGGUCGGACUGGUAUCCAAUGACGAAACGCCCGUAUUCCUCAAAGAGGUCCACAUUCGAGCAAAAUUAAUUGAUUUAGCAGGAGAGGUUGUAGUUCUACAAGAGUAUCACAACAACAGAGACAAAGCUCUGGAAGCCAAGUAUGUCUUCCCUCUGGAUGAUAUGGCAGCUGUCUGCGGGUUUGAGGCCUUCAUCAAUGGUAAACACAUCAUAGGAGAGGUGAAGGAGAAAGAGACGGCACAUAAAGAAUACAAAAAGGCCAUAAAGGAAGGUCAUGGGGCCUACCUAAUGGACCAAGACCAGGAAACUCCGGAGAUGUUUACAGUGAGUGUAGGAAACCUUCCCCCCAAAGCUACGGUCAUCAUUAAGAUAACCUAUGUCACAGAGCUUCAGGCAGAGGGGGAACUCAUCAACUUCUAUCUCCCAGGCAGCGUGGCGCCAUGGAAACAGAAGUAUGUCGACGCUCCAGAAUUCAAAGACAAGGACUGGGACACGGUACAGGUUGCAGACACUGACUGCAGUGUACAGGUUUACGUGGACAUGCCUUUUGACAUCAGGAGUCUGGAAUGUCCAACUCACAAAAUUUUAGUAAAGAAAACUGCGACUAAAGCCACUGUAUCAAUGAAAGAGGACCAGAUAAUAAAAGAUGGCUUCCAGUUGCUGAUUGGUCUAGCGGAGAUCCACGUGCCGCGGAUGUGGGUGGAAUCGGAUGAACUGGAAGGUUCACAGGCCUGUAUGCUGACCUUUUACCCUGAGUUUGAUGCUGAGGAGGAGUCAGAGGUCGAGGUCAUUUUGAUGAUUGACAGCUCCAACUCCAUGAAAGGUUCCGCCCUCCAACAAGCCAAGAAAGCUGCACUCCUCACUCUUCACCUCAUGGAGUCCAGUUGGAGGUUUAAUGUGGUGUCUUUUGGAACAGCUUUUCUAGAGCUAUUUCCAUCCAGUCAAACAGCCAGUAAAUUCAACAUACAAGCAGCAAAAUUGUUUAUACAGAAGCUACAAGCAGAUCAGGGUAACACAGAACUUUGUCGACCUUUGAACUCUUACUAUCUUCUAAAACCAGAGAGUUACACCAGAAAUAUAUUCCUUAUCUCUGAUGGCCAUAUCAACAAUGAGGAGGCAGCUCUCUCCAGAAUUGCCCAAAAUCACCAACACACUAGGGUCUUUACAUUAGGGGUCAGCUCUGUGGCCAAUCGUCACCUUCUGAAAGCCGUAGCUAGAGUAGGAGCAGGGUCGUUUGAGUUCUACGACUCCAAAUUAAAAUCGAAAUGGGAGGAGAAGAUCAAGUCCCAGUUACAGAAAGCUGCCCAACCCGUACUGACCUCUGUGUCUGUUGAUUGGCGCCAUGACGACCAACACCCAGCUCCCAUCCAAGCUCCGCAGCAAAUAUCAGCUCUGUUCAGUGGGUCCCGACAAGUCAUCUACGGCUUUGUAGACAACUGUUACAUGGCAACUCUGAAAGCAGAGGUCGAGGGUCAAGAGAUAUCAACAGUUGUGUCAACUUCUGACCUUAAUGUCACAAAAGGCAAGAUGCUGCACAGAUUGGCUGCCAAAGGAGUAAUAAGAGAUUGGGAAGAUGGAGUUCUUUCCCCUGAUAGAACAGGGCAUGAGGUGAAGAAAAUGAAUCUGAAGCAGUAUAUUAUAGAGUUGAGUAAAAAAUACACCAUCGUUACAUCACUUACCAGCUUUGUCGCCAUCGAGAAACGAGAAAAGGAUGAGGUGGUACCUGAGAAUGCUCCAGAUAUUUGGACCCUCCUGGAACAUGAGGACCUUGAUCAACUAAAAUAUUUAUCGUGGGAAGGGGAAGAUGAGGAGUUAGAAGAAGAAGAAUUCCGGGAUGGCUCAGUAGAGGAAUCCAGAGAAGAUGGGAAAACAAAAUCAUUAAUCAGUGCUAAAGAAAGGAGCAAGACUUUGGCUAUGCCGGACAAUGAAGUACCAGAGAUGUCCUCACCUGAUUUAAAAUUUCUGACGUCCCGUAGCCCGAUGAAACCCCCUCUACAGGUCGCCGAUGAUGAGCCUACAUAUGAAGCCCCCGAUGAAAAGGAUAAUAUACCUGCAUCACCUCCUAUUAAAGGUCGGAAGCAGCCUCCUCUUAAACCGGAUGAACCUUCUCCCACUCAAUCUGACUGGUCAGAGCAUAGGAUGCAACCUGUUCCUACUGUCCAGAAAAGUUCACAGUACCUAACCAAGACCGUAUCAGACUUUGUUGUAUUAGUCCCAGCCCGUGGACGACCACCACCACCCGUCCCAGUAGAGUGUAACGACAGCGAUACCUCGAAUUCUUCUGACUAUGAGGUACCAGAGAAGAUGUCCUCACCUGCUCGAAAACUUCCAACAUCCCGUCCCCCGAGGAAAACCCCUCUUAAGGUCACUAAUGAUGAGCCUAAAUAUGAAGACCCCGAUGACACAGACAGUGCACAUACGUCACUUCUCAUCAGAAGUGGGGCGCAGCUUCCUCCUAAACCUGUUGAAUCUCCACCCACUCAAUCCGAUUGGCUGGAGAAUUUCUAUAAAGAUGUAGAUAAUGAUCCAACCCCAGUCCGUGCUCCUUUACCUAAAGAAACAAAGCAUAGGAUUCUACCUGUUCCUACUGUCCAGAGAAGUUCAUCAGACCUACCUAAGACUGAAUUAGAGUCCGUUAUAUCAGUCCCACCCCGUCCUUUUCGUACCUGCUUAAAGACUAAAGGGCGACGACUACCUCGACCAGUCCCAGCAGAGUGUCAUGACAACGAUGCCUCAAAUUCUGAUACUUGCGAUGAAUUUGAGACAAGUGGGACAGAGGAAGUGUUUGAUGAUUUGGAAGAUGAUGGGAAUCAACUUUCAGCCCCUCCGACGGCACCUUCUCCUAAACCAUUUACACGUGGACGGCAAGAACCUCUCCCUCUUCAGGAAACAUUUGAAAUUCAAGAUGAAUUGGAGCAAGAAAAUUAUGAUGAAUUUGAUGUCAUGUUUUCACAGCAGGAUACUUACGAUGAACUUGAGGCAAGUGAGACACAGGAAGUGUAUGAUGAUUUGGAAGAUGAUGGGAAUCAACCCUCAGCCCCUUACCCAGCACCUUCUCCUAAACCAUCUAUUGUACCACUGAACAACCAACCCCAAAAGUCUGGAGUACCGUUAUUAGGUUUCCCAUGUAAAACACUACCACCGCUUCCUCAAAUGUCAAGGCAAAUGAUCAGAGCAUCUCCUCGUGUAGGAGGACAACAACCUUCAUCAGAGAAAAAUCAAAUGAUUGAAGAUCCCCAAAAAAGAGCCUCAGUUUCCCCAUCACCUCCCCCGCUCCUUACUAGAAUGUCGCAAGCUUCAAUAUGCAGAAGACGACCACCUCCCCCUCCAUCUCCUAUUCAAAUAACACGAGCAACACCAUCUAAAGAUGCAUCAAUCCCUUCAGCACCCCCUUUGAAAGUUAGCAUUGAAGCACCUCCAAAACAUGCUUUUGUCGAACAUAAAUUUGAUAAACUCUCAGAGGAAGAAAGCAAUGAACCACCAGCUAUACCUCCAAGAAGACGCGAACUAAAGGCAAGAGGGAGCAUUUUACAUGCACCGCAACCUUCACUUCCACCUCCAAGGAGAGAAAGACUAACAAUUAAGGACACUGUACCCCCACCUUCACCUCCAGCUCCAAGGAGAAAAGGCUUGGAGGCCGGGUUGCUGCUAAAGGAAGAGCCUCUGCAAGAACUACUUAUUGAUGAUACUUGUACAAAAAGGGCGCCGGAAAGAAAAAUACAAAGAGAAAUGAAUAAGCCACGAUCGCCGUUGGACGUAACACCUCUUCAUAUAGGGCUGGAGGAUGCCGAGGGAAAUCUCUGUGUAAUUAUUGCAAGGGACAGCAAAAUUCCAUGUGAAAAUAAACAGAGAAAUAUUUUGCCUUCCUCUCGUGGAAAGGAUUGGAUAGAAGUUACCAUUGCCAUUAAUAUCGACGGAAUAAUAACUGUCAUAGUAUAUUUUGACCCAGGUGUUAAGGGACUUCACUUUUAUUUCUUAAAGAUUAGUAAUGCCAAAAGUAGAAUGAGUCCAGAAGAAAUGGAGCACAUGCUAAAGGAAGCUGAUGAAGAGAAAAAGAAGACUAGCACUGUCAGCCAGUCGACAUGA